GACGAUUCUUUUCAUUGUCCAUGGAACGUGCUGGUACCACUUGAACCUUGAAAAAAAAAAUAAAUAAAUAAUAAAUAAACAAAGAAACCAGCAUUUGGCUAAAAAAAUCCAAAAGUUAUCGAGUGAAAUUUAAAAGAAAAUAUAGUGAGUCGAUCAUCAGCAAAUAAAUAUUCUGGUUUGUUAAAUAAAAAGGACACUCGAAUAAGCCUCGUAACGAAACGGAUCUAGCCUGGAACGGUGGAGUGAGUGAGAAAGAAAAACAAGAAAAUCUGUCAGUAGGAGAGAGACUGCUGGUGACUGAUUGUCAUGGCUAACCGGGGAACGGUAGCCCAGAGGCCAAAUGGUACUCAAGGCAAAAUUUGUCAGUUUAAAUUGGUGCUGCUUGGAGAAUCUGCUGUUGGAAAAUCAAGUUUGGUAUUGAGGUUCGUCAAAGGACAGUUCCAUGAAUACCAAGAGAGUACGAUAGGAGCUGCAUUUUUAACACAGACAGUAUGUCUGGAUGAUACGACUGUUAAAUUUGAAAUUUGGGAUACGGCGGGCCAAGAACGUUAUCACAGCCUUGCUCCGAUGUAUUAUCGCGGUGCUCAGGCAGCCAUUGUUGUUUAUGACAUACAAAAUCAAGACACAUUCGUACGAGCAACAACUUGGGUGAAAGAACUUCAACGGCAAGCAAGUCCGAGUAUAGUGAUAGCUUUGGCGGGUAAUAAAGCUGACUUAGCGAAUAAACGUAUGGUUGACUUUGAAGAGGCUCAAGCUUACGCGGAUGAAAACGGUUUAUUGUUCAUGGAGACGUCCGCUAAAACCGCCAUGAAUGUCAAUGAUAUAUUCCUAGCUAUUGCUAAAAAACUCCCAAAGAAUGAGCAAACAGGAAGUGCUGGUACAAGUGGCCAAGGUCGUCGAUUAGUUGAAUCCGAAGGGCAAAAAGCCACGACGAGCAACUGCUGCAAGUGAUUGGCCAAAUCCGUAGGUGUCGCGCGUCUUCAUUUAUCGAUGUUUAUGUACUGUGUACUUGUUAAAGUGACAAGUACAAUGUAUCAAGGGGUACCAAUUGAAUUUGUAAUAAUAAAAAGUGAUCAUCUAAGAUUUAUGAACCACAUGGAGUGUGUUGUUUAAGCAGAAAUAAUGGUAGUUAAUUCUAACUAUCAUCAACAAUAAUAAUAAUAAUAAUAAUAAUAAUAAUAAUAAUAAUAAUAAUAAUAAUAUUAAUAAUAAUAAUAAAAUAAUAAUAAUAAUAAUAA